UCGUACACUUGCAGUAUAGAAGCACCGGCCGCCCGCGCCGCGCGCCCGUUCCGUCCACGAACGACCUUUGAGUUAAAUGUUUUUAUAGAGUGUUCCAUAAAAAGUUGGUGAAAUCAUUGUGUCCGGCCCUUUGAGGCGAUUUGAUGACAGUUACUGAAAUGCAAAGGGUUUAAUUCGAGUUUUGUUCAGACAUCAGGCAUCCCUCUCGCACCAUGGGGGCGAUGUUCAGGAGUGAGGAGAUGGUGCUCUGCCAGCUGUUCAUCCAGUCGGAGGCGGCCUACGUCUCCAUGUACGAGCUGGGUGAAGCUGGAGUCGCUCAGUUCAGAGACCUGAACCCCCACGUGAACGACUUCCAGCGUCGCUACGUGACGGAGGUGCGGCGAUGUAGUGAGAUGGAGAGGAAGCUGCGCUGGGUGGCCGGCGAACUGCCCGAGCCGCCGCCGCCGCCGCAGAAGCAGCACCAGACCCUGAGCCCGAGGGAGAUCAAUAUAUUAGAGGAAAGAAUCGACUUCAUAGAAUCCGAAAUCCAAGAGAUCACGCGGAACGCUCAAAACCUCAAAACCGAUUACCUCUCACUGAUCGAGCUCAAACUCCUUAUAGAGAAGAUGCAGACCUUCUUCCAAGACCACAGUGCUCAGAGGCGGAUCUCUGCGUCGGUCCAGGUGGCGACUACUACAGAAGGGGGGAUAGCACACCUGGGAUUCAUAGCUGGAGUGGUGGCGACCCAUAGAGUGGCCUCGUUCGAGAAGAUGCUCUGGAGAAUAUCACACGGAAACAUCUUCUUCAAGCAAGCGCAGAUUGAUGAGCCGCUGAAGGAUCCUGUUACGGGCCACGAGCUGAUGAAGACAGUGUUCGUGGUGUUCUUCCACGGGGAGCAGAUCAAGCUGCGAGUCAAGAAGGUGUGCCACGGAUUCCAGGCGACGCUGUACCCGUGCCCCGCCAUGUACAAGGAGCAGCAGGACAUGCUCGGCGGGGUCAUCUCCAGGAUCAAGGAUUUGGAGAUUGUGCUAGACCAAACGGAGCAGCACCGACGGCUAGUCCUGACCAACAUAGCGCGAGACAUCAGCACCUGGAUGGUGCUGGUGCGGAAGGAGAAGGCGAUAUACCACACGCUGAACAUGUUCAGUAUGGACAUAGUGAAGAAGUGCCUGAUAGCGGAAUGCUGGGUGCCGAGAAAGGACUUGCAUAUUGUGCAGCAAGCGCUGGAUAAUGGCGUGAAAGCCAGCGGCAGCCCGAUCCCGUCGAUCCUACACUACGUGCCCACACGCGAGGUGCCGCCCACCUUCAACCGCACCAACAAGUUCACCAGCGGCUUCCAGAACCUCAUUGAUUCCUAUGGAAUCGCCAGCUAUAGGGAAGUUAAUCCAGCUCUAUACACCAUAAUCACAUUCCCGUUCCUGUUCGCCGUGAUGUUCGGCGACGUGGGUCACGGCCUGCUCAUGACGAUCUUCGGCCUCGUCCUCGUCAUAUUCGAGAAGAAAUUCCUCAAAGUCAAGACCGACAACGAAAUCUGGAACAUUUUCUUCGGCGGACGAUACAUCAUCCUCCUCAUGGGACUGUUCUCGAUAUACACUGGGUUCAUAUACAACGACUUCUUCUCCAAGUCACUGAAUAUAUUUGGGAGCAGUUGGAGGAAUGUGUACGAUGAAGAGUCUUUGAAAAGUAGCCAGUAUAGGAGCUUAGAUCCAAGGGACUCUUAUACGGGUACACCCUAUCCAUUUGGUAUGGAUCCCGUUUGGCAGUUCGCGGAAAACAACAUAAUAUUCACAAACUCAUUCAAAAUGAAGCUCUCGAUAAUAUUCGGAGUGCUGCACAUGGCGUUCGGUGUGACAAUGAGUGUGGUAAACUUCAAUUUCUUUCGACGUCCGGAAAUGAUAUUCCUGCAGUACAUACCCCAAAUCGUCUUUUUGCUACUACUAUUUUGGUACCUCUGUAUAAUGAUGUUUAUGAAAUGGACGAUGUACAGCAGUGUAUCGACAGAUCCAGUGUACGGCUCAUCAUGUGCUCCUCAAAUCUUGAUUCUCUUCAUCAAUAUGAUGCUCUUAAAGAAAACAGAAUCGAAGGAUGGGCCUCCAUGUCAAGGGUACAUUUACGCGGGACAGGAUGAAUUGCAGAAGACCUUCCUUGUGCUGGCUUUCCUCUGCAUACCUGUCAUCCUCUUCGGGAAACCGGUCUACCAGAUUAUGUCGGAUAAGAAACGAAGGAAAUACCAGCAGGGCGUGGAAAGCCCGGAGUCUGCGGAGCCCCCGGAGCCCGCGGGGGAGUCGCUCGGGGAGCUGCUCAUCACACAGGCUAUCCACACCAUCGAGUACAUCCUGGGCACCGUGUCGCACACGGCGUCGUACUUGAGGCUUUGGGCGCUGUCGUUGGCUCACUCACAGCUAUCAGCGGUGCUAUGGAAGCAGAUCAUGAAGCAAGGGCUGGGCGCGGGUUCGUUUGUGAACGCCAUCACCCUGUACGUGAUCUUCGCCGCGUGGGCCUUCUUCACUCUCGCCAUAUUGGUGCUGAUGGAGGGCCUGUCUGCCUUCUUGCAUACACUGCGGCUGCAUUGGGUGGAGUUCAUGAGCAAGUUCUACGAAGGCCAGGGCUACGCGUUCGCUCCGUUUUCCUUCUCUGCCAUGUUGGAGCACGAUGAGGACAUCGUGGUAGAGAGUAACGGAGGGCCGGCCGAGUGACCCCAGCUGAACCCCUGCUGCCCUAGUACCUCGAUACAGGAAGUACGGCGGCGAUGGGUGUUUAAGUUGCAAAAAUUGUAAAGUUGCAACUAUUUUCGUUUAAAGAUGGAUACAGGCGUAUCUAAAAAAAACAUAUGAAGUGUUGAGAUAAUAUUUCAUAAGAAUUUCAUUAAUAUUAAGCUCACUUUCAAACCUAAUAAUCUGAAUUGUAUAAAAACAUGAUCCGAUAAAUUGGAGGAAUUACUCAGCUCAGUCAACAAAUAAUUGCAACUUUAGAAUUUUUAGAACUUGCAGUCAAAAUGAUCGCUACGAAACUAUGGUGGCCAAGUGGUGAUCACUGAUCACUUGAGUGGUAUUUUAUUCAUAGGGAAGUAGUCGAAACUAGUUCGUCAAGGUGAUAAAAAAGCUAAUCACCAUGUGUAACUGACAAUU